AACAUCAUUUCAAUUACAAUUACAGUUAAGAUCGAGCUAUACAAUAUAAACUAAUUUAACCCGAGGAAAAACCGAAUGCAUGAAGGACCUAUUCAAAUCUAGUACUUGGCAUUAUCAACCUCGCCAGCGUGUAAGGGUCAAAGUCAAUCAAUAUUUUGUUGACAAUGGCACUAACAUCAACACUGUGUUUGCAUUUUCGUGCUAGCCUACAACUUCUCUGCAUGACUUGCUAAAUUUGAGUUGCCAACAAUACAAUUUCUGUGUCGUCGAUACUCACUCACUCUGUUGAAAAGCAGGAGGCUUCAUCACAAGUGUUUAGCCGACAGUGACAAUCUACCUCAUCACAAGCCCACAGGCACGUGGCUCAAGGGAGUCAGAAUGGCUUAGGAACAGACUGUGUUGCUCUCAAAACACCGUUAUCCUUUUGAUAUUGUGUUGUCUGUCUAUACGGUGCCGUACUAUUUGCCCCAACAUGGCGCCGGCGCCCAGCAAGGAAGCGAGCAACACUGCAGACGCAGAGCGAGUUGUGUUACUUGGGGAUUUGAGCGUCCAGUUGCCAAAGCAACGCUCCAAAGUCGUCCGGAUUUUCACCAGUUCAACAUUUACAGACACCUCCACAGAACGUAACGCUCUGAUGCGAGAAACGUACCCGCGUCUGAAGGACUACUGCAAGUUAAACCAUGGCUUGGAGUUCCAGGUCAUUGACAUGCGAUGGGGGGUACGUGACGAAGCCACGGAUGAUCACAUGACGGGACAAUUAUGCAUGGCGGAGAUCGCAGCCUGCCAGCGACUUUCCGUGGGUCCAAACUUUGUGACGUUCCUAUGUCAAAAGUACGGGUACCGACCAUUCCCGCCCAAAAUUGAAAACGACGAGUUCAAACUAUUGCGCGAAACGUUGGUUGACAACGGUAAGCCAAUGGAAACGCUCGACACGUGGUUCAUCCGUGACGACAACUGCGUCCCGCCUGUUUACGUCCUUCAACCAAUCAGCUCCAAGCUACCAUACUUCAAUCGACAAGACGAACCGGAAAAAAUGAAAGCGAAUCAGGGAGAAUGGUGGACAACGUUUGAGUUGAUCCAGGGCCAGUUGCGCUUCGCUGCUAACGAAGCAGAGAAGCGUGGUUUGCUUACGGCAGACCAGGCCAAGAAGUACAGAAUAUCAGUUACUCACGACGAGGUUGAUCACGCCCUUUUGACGGUAACGUUUGAUAGACAGGAGCACUGCUUGUGCUUCAUCCGGAAAUUCAGCGAUUUGGAGAGCAAGAGUGAGACGAGAGAAGCCUCAAAGUUCAUUGACCUCCAGGCUGGGAAGGUAGAUACCGAUGCGCAAGAAUUACUGUCUGAUCUUCGUGAUACGAAAAUCGCCCAAGUACUCCCGCCAUCCAAUAUAAUCUUAACUGAGCUUGGCGAGUGGACGAAGGAUGGGGUUAGUCUUGAGAAUGAGAAACAUCGAGAGUACAUCAAAGGUUUCCUGGAUACUUUUUACACCAAGAUGGUAAGCAUGAUCGAUGUUGGUGUCUUUAAGGAGAAGCUUGCUAGUCUGGAAGAUCCCUUACACCAGGAAGUUCUGCAGCACCUGUCUUUCUGUCUCACCAAAUGUGUUGGGUUCCAGGGUCGAGAUGAUGUCAUCAAGAAGGUGGAAGACUACGUCUUGAGACGGGUGAAGGGUGAUAACGGUAAAGGUGGUGUUCCAAUGGUUCUGCACGGAGAGUCAGGAAGCGGGAAGACGUCCAUCAUGGCAAAGUGUGCAGCUCUUGUCAAGCAGUCGUGGCUUCCAGGCUCCGGCACUGCCAUGGUGCUACGAUUUCUUGGUACAAGUCCAAAUACCUCAUCCAUCCAGCGAGUUCUGACAACACUCUGCAAACAGAUACUGCAGGUGUAUAAUGAGCAAGACUUCGAAGUUCCUACUGAUUAUAACAAACUUGUUACGGCCUUCUCUAAAGUCAUGAAAUUCGCCACGGUUGAUAAGCCCCUUGUCCUUUUCCUGGACUCACUUGAUCAGUUGUCAAGUGAACAUGGCGCUCAUCGAAUGGGUUGGCUCCCGAAGGUGCUGCCACAGUACGUCGCUCUCGUAGUUUCCACACUUCCAAGAGAGCAUGGCAUCCUGGAAACAGUCAAGGAAAGACUCACUGACUCAUCUCCAUACAUUAAAGUGGUGCCCUUUUCCCAAGAGGAAAGCACAGGUAUCUUAGAGGCAUGGUUGACUUCUGCCAAAAAGUGUGUCACAAGCCCUCAACUUGAACUGAUUGAUAAGGCACUGGCGGAGUGCAGCCUUCCUCUGUUCCUUAAACUUGUCUUGGACCAGUCCAUUCAAUGGCAUUCUUACCAUCCCCUGGAAAGAUGCAUUCUCAAGACAAGUAUCCAAGACAUGAUCAAUCUGAUAUUCGGCAGACUUGAAGAGUAUCACGGCCAAAUACUCGUGUCUAGAUCCCUUGCUUACAUUACCUUGUCGCCUACCGGUCUCACAGAGACCGAGCUGGAGGAUCUCUUGUCCUUAGACGAUGACGUCUUAAACGAUGUCUACCAAUUCUGGAUGCCACCUGUUCGUCGAAUCCCUCCAUCCCUUUGGACAAGAGUCCGAAAUGACAUCAGCUCGUACCUAGUCGAUAGAGAUGCAGACGGUGUGACAGUGAUGUAUUGGUAUCAUCGUCAGUUCAUAGAGACAGCCCGUCAGAGGUACCUCCACGAUGCCAACCUGAAGAAAAAGCUCCACAAGACUUGUGCCGAGUAUUUUGACGGAACCUGGUCUGAUGGACGCAAGAAACCAUGCCGAUAUUCGGCAUUACAAGUCGAGCGUUUCGGGGUUCCAGCUGAGGCAGAGGAAGAUCGUAAAGUCUCCAGCCAACCACUGACUUUCUCGGGUGCAACGGGGAAAACUGAAGCCAAUCUGACCUUCAACCUCCGAAAGCUCACUCAGCUCCCUUUCCAUCUGACAGAAGCUGAAGAUUGGGACACUCUAAAGACAUCUGCACUCUUUAAUUUCGACUUUCUGCUGUGCAAGGUCAAGGCCCUCUCCAUGCAAGAUGUCCUGGCUGAUUUCUAUAAUGCUGAAGAGAAGACAACUGAUGCGGAGAUCAGCUUACUGCUUGGCGCCCUACGCCUCUCUUCUUCAGUCAUCUCAAACGAUCCUGACCAAUUGGCGCCAGAGGUCAUGGGAAGAUUGAUGAACGCAGCCAAUAAGUUCCCAAGAAUGAAGUCCCUCGUCGAUCAAGCAAAUACAAGAGGGAGCUUGUCUCUCCCGUGGUUGCCAGUCAGCACGUGCCUGCAACCUCCAGGUGGCAUGUUGCUGACGUCACUAGAGGGCCACACAGAGGAGGUAGUUUCCUUGGCAAUCACAAGUGACUCCCGUUUGGUGCUAACUGGCUCCAAAGAUAACACCGCUCGGAUCUGGCAGAUAGACAAUGGCACCUUGGUACACACCUUGACAGGUCAUAGAGAAACCGUUUACGGGGUCGAAAUUGCACCGGAUGAUCAGAGUUGUGUGACGUACAGCCAUAUGGGAGAGUACAUGAAGUCAGGGAAAGUAUGCGUCUGGAAUAUGGAGACUGGAGAUCUAAUCCACCGCCUGAAAGGGCACACCGGGUUAAGCGAGUCAAACUUGGCCAUCAGUGUGGACGGGAAGUACGCCGUCACCGGACUGCGGACAAAAGUCGACUAUGAUGACCCUAAUGAAGACACGGACUACGAGGAAGAAGAGAUCAUCUCUGAUUCAAAACAAAAACACAAGUUGGCAAAGAAAAAAGAGUUCAUGACGAAGAGAGAUGAGUCAGAUGACGAGGAUUGGGAUGAGGAAGAAUACGACGAUGAAAGCAGACACGUCGUGAUCAUCUGGAACCUAGAGACUGGGAAAGCCAUGCACUGGUUGAACAAGCACACAGAUGAUAUAAAGGGCGUCCUUACAACUGAGGUGGAUGACCGACAAGUGGCGAUAUCGUUCUCUCAAGAUCACAUGCUGGUUCUCUGGGACAUGCUGAAAGGUGAGCCGAUCCGGGAGAUGGAGGACGAAGACACGUUUCCCAUCUGGACGGUGGCGCUUUCCCAAGAUAGGCGACUACUCGCUGUCCACGGCUGUGAAGUAUCGCUCCAUAGCUUCCCUGACUUGCAAUACCUAGGAGACUCAAGAGACCCCGAGUCUAGCUCCACUGUCGCAACCAUGUACAUCUCAAGAGACAACUCUCGCGUGAUUGCCGGUCACUCAACUGGUGUCGUGAAAACGUUCGGGACUGGACAGGGCACAGAGAGAACGCUCCUCAAUCGACAAGAAGACUUCGAGAGAGAUGGUGAUGUCACCUGUAUGGUUGUUACUCCGAACGAAAUGUACGUGGUUGCUGCACUGAAAAUGUCAGAAGCUGCAGUUCUGAACCUGGAAACAUUGGAAAUAGAGGCCAAACUUCCACACAUCUUAAACGUGUCGUCGGUCGCUGUGACACCGGAUGGUUCCAAGAUUCUCACUGCAUCGGAAGACAAGAACGUCCGUAUCUGGGAUGUUGGGAAUCUUAAGAAGUCAACAUCGACCAAGGAGCCAGAAUUGAUGAUCAGUAAACACGACGGUUACACGUAUGAAGCAGUGACCCUGAACACCGAAGACAAAAUAAUUACAACUGGAGAUGAUAAAACCAUCAAACUCUGGGAUUUGAAGAGUGGGAAGCUGAUCAAAUCUCUCCAGGAUCCUAUGGAUGGAAACUGCUAUGCUGUCGCCAUUAGCAGUGAUGAUACCUUCAUGGUCGGAUCUAGCGACGGAUGGUACGUACUUAGCCUUCCAGACUUUGCGGUCAAAGGCAAGUUCAAAGAGCAAUGGAUCAAACCAUCUCAUUGUGUCAUCACCCCCGAUAACAAAAGACUUGUGGCAGGACUCGGUCAGCUCAAGUGGGAAAUCCGCAUCUUCCAUCUGGAAUCAGGGCAGACACAACAAAUCAUCAACUUGAGAUCGUGUGAUUUUCGCAUGCUGAGUAAUGGCCUAUUCGUCAACCAAUAUUUAUCGAGCAUGUACGACCCCUCUGGAAAGACAAAGAUACUCCAGCUCAUCGACAGCAGGUCGGGGCAAGUCGUUUCACAGCUUGGUCAUGAUGAUCGCGUCUUGUCCAUUGCCGUGUCGCCGGACGAAAAGAGGCUCGUCGCCGGCUCCAGCGACCACGACGUUCACUUGUGGCACCUGGACAGCUUCUCACACAUCACGGCGAUGAAAGGACACACAACUCGUGUGAUGUCAACGGCAUUCUCCCCUGAUGGAAACCUGGCGGCAUCUGGGGCCGAUGGCGGUGAUGUCAUCAUCUGGGACGUCCAAUCCCAUUGCUUGAAGCAUUCCAUCAAGCAGGCGAACGAGUCUGACGUCAAAAGUGUGAUAUUCAGUCCCGACGGCCGAUUCCUGGUGUCGAGUGGUGAGCAUGACAACUACAUUCAAGUGUGGGACACUAAGACUGGCAAGCAUGUGAUGAGGUAUCACACCUACGCAAAGAACAGCUCCAUUGUAAUGUCCGCCAAAUGCAACACUGCUGUUGUAACGCUACAGGACGGUAGAGUUGCAUUUCUGAAAUUCUCGGCUCGUUUCCAAUCAGCGAGCGCCAGCAAUGAGCAAGCAUCAAAUCUAAUCACUGAUGUCUCCACAAGCACGCCCUCAACGAUGAAUCAAGGGAAACCAAAGCAAAAACGUGGCGCCGAAAGAAAAAAUCCGCCAAUACUUCAUGAAAAACCCAAGAGUAAAACUUGUCAAGUUCUGUGAAAGAACUUUUAACUGGCAAGACACGUGACCAUUACACCUCAACUUUCUUCACUAACUUUGAUGGGAUUGGAUUUAAUUUGAUUUAUUUCCAUCCGUCACAUGAUAAUGAACAUUUGAAAUUAACGGACUUUAUACUAAACGUCAUGAAUGCCGGAGGCCGGCCGGUGAUGUUUUUAAGCUCUGGCAGGAGCUUGGUGGUCGGUCGGUCAGUUGGUCGGUAGGGCUGUCUGUCCCUGAUGAUUUACCCCAACAAAAUGUCAAAAUAAGUGAUUAAUUUACAAAAUGCCAUGCCGCGGUCAUAAAUUGCACUCUUGCUGGCGGUUUUUGGAACAGCGGUUUUGUUUCGAGCGAUGGGCAUGCGCUUUUAGUUUGCAUAAAUUAUGUCUCCAAAAAUUGACCAAAAUAAGCCCAAAAUAAGUUUCCCUACCAAAAACUACCAAAUUUUAAAAAAGCAAACAAAAUCAAUGAAAUGUUCAACAAAACUUGUUUGCAACAAUUCAGAAAGAUGAGUGUUUAUGGAAAGUGUGUAAAUGGUAGCAAAAUAUGUGUGGUAAUGUUAUAGUCACGUGGUAUUCAUCAGAAAUCGCUAUAAAUCUAGGUAUACAUCUGAAGAAUGGUGUUCCAUAAGUGCCAUUGGCGUCGGAUUUUUAAGCUCUGGUAGGCAUCAGUUUGAUAGAUUUCAUGCAAGACUUUCAGCUAUAUAUCUGAAUCAUACUAGUUACAACUGUCAUUUAUGUUGAAAGAUAUGCCGUGUUAAAAAAUAUUGAUUUCUGUAUAGCCUACUUUGAUGUUAGUGACGUCAUCAGCCUCGAGAGGCUUUGAAAUCCAGUGAAAAGGAAAAGGCAUUGAGGAUGGGGAACGCCGUCUCGCCUCCCCUUUGUAAAAUGCUUUGUGAUUGUUUAGGACAUUUGUCAAUUUUAAAACUGAUUUAUUUAGAUUAUAUGUUUAUUGAUUUGUUUAGUUUUCUGGUACCGUGUUGCUCGAUCGUUUUGGGGUUAGUCUGAUUUUCUUUCCUACUGUCCUUCGAACUUCCAAUAUGGGGGCAGGUAGCGAGCGGUGAAUUCUGAACACUUUAGGAGGCAAUAUGCCUGUCAAGCAUAGUGUUGAUAUUUCAAUAGGGCCAUAGGAAAAGGUCUUCAACGUAGGCUGUGAUUUUGAUGAUUUAAAUUUGGUGUACACAGUCAUGUGAAGCAUCAUCGAGUAAGACAACGUGUACAAAUCCAA